AUGGCUCAAACCACGAAGCCAAAGACAGCAGCAAAGGCGGAGGUGGGGCAGCGGCUCCUCCACGGUUGGGGGUCUCCAGCGCUUGCCCCGCGUUUUUGCCACAAUCCGGCCAAUCAGGCGGCUGCUGUGGCGGAAUUACAGCGCCUCAGGUUGCCGCUGAUAACGCCCAAAGAGCCCACAAGGACAGAUAAUUGCUCGCCUUUCCAUCUCAGGGCAUUUGGCCUCAAUCUAGAGGCUUUCUCGACCUUUCCCUUCGCCGUGCUGCAGAUUGGCCGCGAGAUCCCACGCCGGCACAUGACCCGGACUAAGCCCGAUUGGGGCGAUAUCCUGCUGGGCGUGCAUGAGGCUCAGGGCAAUGGCCGUAAUGGUUUGCCGCUGGUGGCUCGUGGGUUCCGCCUUUUCCAAAUUCUUAUCUCCAAGUCCCGUUAUGAUAUUGAAUUCCCACUGGCGAGGGUUACUGUACCGGAUCGACAGGUCCAUGUCCCAUAUUUGCGAAACAGCACAUGUAGCAAAAAGGCACGCUUCCAAGUUGGAACAAACCUGCUGCAGCCGAGUUUGAACAGUGUAGCAUCUAACGAAAAGUCCUUGCUCGAUCUGCAUCUGCCGUGA